UAGGGCCUAGCCACUUUUCUUCAUUGAGAAGUUUUAGACAUGCGCACUCCAUCUCACUUAACCACGCGGUAACAACAUGGCGGCAGGCAGGAUGGAAACAGAGGGUAGAAAGAACAGAGAAAGUGAAUCACACGUAGAAGAAGAAGAACUUGAAGAAAAUGAGGAGGAACCCAAUUUCAGCGAUCCAGAAGAUUACAUUGAUGAUAUCACCGAUGAAGAGCUUUUAGGUGAUGUUCUGCGCAAACGACCUAAGCCUUCUGACAGUGUUGAUUCAGUAAUAAUUGUUGACUGUAUUCCAAAAGUUGGAAAGGAGCGUCUUGAUAAACUAAAAAAUGUUAUUAAGAAGUUAUUUUCUAAAUUUGGUGCUGUGGUCAAUGCAUUUUAUCCACUCGAUGAUGAAGGAAACACAAAGGGGUACAUGUUUUUGGAGUUCUCAUCUCCUCAAAAUGCAUAUGAAGCUGUUAAGAUGACAAAUGGGUACAAACUGGAUAAGCAACAUUCUUUUAAAGUUAACCAUUUUUCUGAUUUUGAAAAGUACAUCAAUAUUCCUGAUGAAUGGUCUCCCCCAGAUCCAAAACCAUAUCAAGAUCUAGGAAAUUUGCGUAGUUGGUUGCAGAACAAGGAGUGUUUUGACCAGUUUAGUGUCAUUUAUGGAGAAGGUGAUAAAACUGCAAUAUUUUUAAAUAGUCCAGAACCCUCAAAAAUGGAAGAGAGAGAUCGGUGGACAGAAACAUAUGUCAGAUGGUCACCUCAAGGUACAUACCUUGCAACCUUUCAUGUGAAGGGUAUAGCAUUGUGGGGAGGUCCAAAGUUCAGCCAAAUAAUGAGGUUUAGCCAUCCUGGUGUUCAGCUUAUUGAUUUCUCACCAUGUGAAAAAUAUUUAGUAACAUUUAGUCCUCUUCAAGAUAGCCAUGAAGAUCCUCAGGCAAUUAUUAUAUGGGAUAUUCGUUCUGGUGUCAAGAAGAGAGGUUUUCAUUGUGAGAGCAGAAGCACAUGGCCAAUAUUCAAGUGGAAUUUUAGUGGAAGCUACUUUGCCAGGAUUGGAGAAGAGGCUAUUAGUAUUUAUGAAACUCCAUCAUUUGGUCUUCUCGAAAAAAAAAGUUUAAAGAUCCCAGCUGUGAGGGAUUUCUCCUGGUCUCCAACUGAUGACAUCAUCGCAUACUGGGUGCCAGAACAAUCUAACACACCUGCUCGUGUAACAUUGAUAGAAAUACCCAGCAGAUUAGAAUUAUGUGUUAGAAAUUUAUUCAAUGUUGCUGACUGUAAAAUGCAUUGGCAGAAGAGUGGUGAUUAUCUUUGUGUUAAAGUUGAUAGAUACAAGACUAAGAAAACGGAUGACAAAGAACAAACAAAAUACAGUGGUAUUUAUUACAAUUUUGAGUUGUUCAGAAUCAGAGAAAAGCAGAUACCUGUGGACAAAGUAGAAGAGAAAGAAGCUGUAUUAGCGUUUGCUUGGGAGCCCAUUGGCAAUAAAUUUGCAUAUAUUCAUGGAGAGGCUCCACGUAUAAAUGUAACCUUUUAUAACAUUCAACCUAAAGGAAAAGUAGAGUUGAUAAAAACAUUAGAGAAAAGGUCAGCAAAUCAUCUUUUUUGGAGUCCUAAUGGUCAAUUCAUAGUUCUAGCUGGACUAAGGAGUAUGAAUGGAGUUUUGGAGUUUGUUGAUACUCAAGACAUGACUGUAAUGACUCAAACAGAGCAUUUUAUGGCCACUGAUGUGGAAUGGGAUCCGACAGGCAGAUAUGUUGUUUCUGCAGUUAGCUGGUGGGGUCAUAAGGUUGACAAUGGUUACUGGUUAUGGAAUUUCCAAGGUAUUCUUCAACAUAAACAACCUCUUGAGAAGUUUUGCCAACUCCAGUGGAGACCACGACCUGUAUCUUUACUGUCAGAAAAUAGAGUUAAGGAGAUAAAGAAGAAUUUUAAAACUUGGGCUCAAAAGUUUGAACAAGAAGAUAGCAUGAGAAAGAUGACUGCCUCUAAGGACAUGCUGGAGAAACGCAAGAAACUAAUGGAUGAUUAUCGAGAUUAUAGAAAGGUUAAAGAGCUUGAAUUUGCUAAGAUGAAGGAACUUCGUCUAGAAUUACGUUCAGGUGUGGACACAGAUGAAUUGCUUAACCAAGAAGAUAAUUUCACUGAAGAAACUAUUGAAUUUUUGGUCAAAGUAGAAGAGAAAGUUGUAGAGGAGUGAUCCGUUUUAGUGACUAGUGCUCAUUGGCGUGCUUGUUUGCACUCUGAUCUUUUUCUGCCGGCCCGCGAUUUGUUAUUCUUUGGAAUUCUUCCUUGAGACUACGGUCAAACUAAAGAGGAUUUGUCAGACACCUAAUAGCUGACAAGAAAUCAAAUUGUAUAUAGGAACAAUUUCUGUUUUAAUCUAUUUAACUUUUAACAUUGUCUGGAUAGUGAUAUAUUUCCUUGUCUCUGCUUGUUUAAGUAAUAAAUGCAUGUAAUUUAGUUCUGGGCACUUUUUAUUGCAGCAAGUUCUCAAUAAUGGUAUAUGUAUUGGAUACAGUGUACUUAGCUAACACUUAUGUAUCAUUGUCAUUGAUUUUGUUGGUAGGUUAUUUUUCAGGUCUUUAUUCUGUCCCAUAUAGGUUAUAUGGUGUAAUGAUUUAUUUUCAUUAACAUGUAUAGGAAUUGGUAUUUUUUUUUUCUUUUGAAGAAUAAAACUAAUAAAGUU